UCGAACCCGCCGCUCAGUCUGCGUGCUGCCGCUGCGGGGACUCCGUGGGUGGAAAAUGUAGUAUAAAAGCAGCCGGAGAAGUCUGUACAGAUUGCUGUGAACCUCUGAGUGAAGAUGGCCUUCUUUCAGAACAGCUUCUGGGGGGAGAAGAAUGCCGGCUUUGACGUGCUCUACCACAACAUGAAGCAUGGCCAGCUGGCAACCAAAGAGCUCGCCGAGUUUGUCCGUGAGAGGGCAGCCAUUGAAGAGACGUACGCCAAAUCAAUGAGCAAACUGGCAAAGGUGGCGAGUAACGGGAGUCCACUGGGGACGUUUGCUCCCAUGUGGGACGUGUUCAGGGUGUCAUCAGACAAACUGGCCCUCUGUCACCUGGAGCUGAUGAGGAAGAUGAACGAUCUCAUCCGGGACAUCAACAAGUACGGAGACGAGCAGGUCAAAAUUCACCGCAAGACAAAGGAAGAGAUGGUGGGGACAGUGGAGGCAGUGCAGGCACUGCAGGUUCAAACUGGUCACCUUCAGAAGUCGAAGGAGUCUUACCACGCCAAGUGUUCAGAGCUGGACCGCCUCAGGAAGGACGGGGGUCCACAGAAAGAACUGGAGAAGGCGGAGCUGAAGUCCAAGAAAGCAGCAGAGUCAUUUGCGUUGUGCAUUGAGAAGCACAACCGCGUGGGAGGAGAGUUUGAGCAGAAGAUGAGUGGGUCUGCCCAGAGGUUUCAGGAAAUCGAAGAGGUUCACCUGCGACAGAUGAAACAGCUGAUCAAAGGUUACUCCCACUCCAUAGAAGACACCCACGUCCAGGUGGGACAGGUGCAUGAGGAAUUCAAGCAGAACGUGGAAAACAUCGGCAUCGACAACCUCAUCCAGAAAUUUGCCGAGCAGAAGGGCACGGGCAAAGACAGGCCAGCUCUGGCUGGUUUUGAGGAGUACAUGACAGCUUUGGCACCUGAAGGUGGCAAGAAGAGUCGAGCUAAAGCUUUUAGGAUCCCAGGCCUGGGCAAGAGGGACAAGGAGCCAGACUCUACGGAUUCAGCAGUGACUGAGACACUGAACUCGCCACUGGAAGUGGACGAUGAAGGAUUUGUCAUCCGAGCCGACAGCACCCAGAAUGGCUGCUCUGAUGAGAAGGAGAACAACUUCUACUCCAGUGAUUCAGAUUUCGACGAUGAGGAGCCCAAAAAGUUCCACAUUCAGAUACGACCGGUCACCACGAGUAGUCGCGGCAACUCUGCCACCACAGAAAAAGAGCUGAAGGCCACCGUUGGGACGCUCACCCUGCCGCCCAAUCGAGGUUUACGGCAACAGGUGUCAGUCAAGCGGCAUCUUUCCAGAAACUCAAGUACUGCAGGAGGUCGAUCAGAAGAAGAUGAUGCCGCCUCCCACAGGGAUGGAGAACAGGAAGGACUACGCAGGUCCACCUCCAGUCCUGAUCACAGCAGGUUGAGCUCCACAGCGUCAGUGUCAGAUAGUCUGUUUGGACCUCCGCUGGAGUCUGCCUUCAAGUCCAAAAGCUUUGAUGGCAGGGAGCAACUUAGAGACCAGAGCUUCGGUGCCUCUGAGUAUGCUGCCUUCUCGUCUGACUCCUCUUCACCUGAGAAUGUUGAAGACUCUGGUCUGGACUCGCCUUCCCAUCAGACCCUUGGACCCUCACCAGAGCCAGUGGGUUGGGCAGCUUGGCCUCCUGUGUCACAGAGUAAAGCUCAAACCCGGGGACAACCCGCGGACCCUUUCCUCAGUGGUUUCCGUGACCCCUCGCCUGCUCGCAGCCCGCACCCUCAAGAAGACCCUGCUAGAGUCUGGUCUGUUGCCCCAUCACGUCCCUCUGGGCUUCCCACAGAAAUGGAGCCCUCAUCAAUGCAGUUUCCUCCUUUCUCUCAGCCCCUCUUCCCUCCUGAGUCCUCGGUGUGGAACUGUAAACACAUCCCCCCCGAGGAUCCCUUCCUCACCGCGUUUGAGAGGACGGUCACACAGGAGCCCUUAAACCUGUCUGACGCUUGGGCUCGCCCGCCUCCUCGCCCAAACCAGGAGAGCAGGGGCAUGGAGGUGCGAGGGGACCCGUUCUCCGUUACCCCCACUGACACUAAGACACUCCCAAACUCCGCCUCCUUCUCUUCAUCCUCAUCCAAUCGUAAAGACAGAGAUAGGAAACGAGAUCGCAGCCUCCCACCCCCUGUUUCCUCUGAUGACCCGUUUGCAAUCACAAUGAUUGGCAGCCCAACACAUCAGUCGUCUCUGGCUGCAGCGGCUGGAUUAAUUCCUCCUCACAGCAGCAGCAGCAGCAGUAGCAGCAGCAGUACUGUGGGUGGUGGCUCUGUAAACAGCAAUAAACUGGGUCUUAAUGCUACUUCAAGCUCUUUGCCCACAGUCCAGACAAAGAAGGAGCUGAUGCACUGGAACUCUGUCCACAACCCGUUUAGUGAGAGUGUCUCUGGAGCACUGAGCAGCUCCAAAAUACUGGACGGAGGAGGAAAAGCAGAGGGAGGAGCAGCAGGGGAGAGGAGAAAGCACAGAUCAUCAGAAAGUGAGCCACGCAGGAACGCUCCCCCACUCACGAGGCAUUCAGGCCCACAGGAAGAUCUGUGUUUCUCAACAGACAAAGACCAAGACUGUUUGGACCUGAACACACAAAUAACGUGCAGUGUCAGCUCUCACAAGGGGUCCAAGCCUUACUACAGACAGGACACGUCUGAAGUGGUUACAGCUGCUCCACAGAGAGCGAACAGGACCAAGAGGACUUCAGGCCGAUUAAGUGGCUGUGAGAGAUCACGUUCCCUGUGCUCCUCCCCACUGCCGGAGCCCAACCCUUCCCUCACCUCCUCUUCCUCCUCCAGUCCCAGUGAGUGGGGACCUCAGGCCAGAGACGGUGAGUGGGGGAAUCAGAACCGAGCUCCCAGUCCUACCAGGAUGGGACAAGCCUCCCCACUGCCCUACCAGCACCAGGACCAGCAACCAAGACAGUUGCACCUGUCCAGAGGACCCAGUCCCAUUUCCCUCAGCACGCAGGAGGCCUGGCCAGUGGCAGCAGCCAUAACGGAGUAUGUCAAUGCCUACUUCAAAGGUGGACAACACAACCGCUGUCUGGUGAAGAUCACAGGCGACCUGACCAUGUCCUUCCCAGCAGGCAUCACCAGGAUUUUCACAGCCAACCCCAACGUUCCUGUCCUCAGCUUCAGACUGGUCAACAUCUCCAAGAUCGAUCACUUCCUGCCGAAUCAGAAGCUGCUCUACAUUGAUCCGUCUCAGACUGACCCAGACACCAGAGACUUCUGGUUCAACAUGCAGGCUCUGCAGGUCUACCUGCAGAAAGAAGCUGAACUCAACCCACAGGUGUCUUAUCACAAUGUCGGCGUGCUAAAGUACCAGGUGUCCUCCCAGGAUCCGGGUCGGGCUCCUCUCCUGUUAUCAGCUGAGUGUCAGCGAAGCGGCACAGUGACUCGAGUGUCUCUGGAUUAUCACUGCUGCCCCGCCACUGCUCCCUCCACCCAACUCAACGCUGUCCAGGUGCUGCUGCCAUUAGACCACAACGCCACUGACCUGCAGUGCCAGCCGCCCGCCUCCUGGAAUGCUGAAGAGAGACGGCUGCUGUGGAAACUCCCCAACCUCUCCCCAACCAAUCACAGCAAAGGUGAGAGCUCUGCAGCUGCUUCACUUUUUCCUGCUUCAUUAAUGAAGGAACAUACAGAAUAAUAAGAAAUUGUUGUUUUGUGAGUAGAUAAAAAUAUAUACACACGUCUGACAUCUGUCUGUCACCUGAAUUUUUUGACUUCUCGUCGAGUUGCCAAUCUCGACAUGGUGUCUCAACAAUGUGGAAAUGAGUAAUUAUGAAUAAGCAGAUCUCAAGUCAGCUCUUCAGAUCCAUUCCUUUUAAAGCCAAACUGCGGAGGUGUGUCAUUACGGUUUCACUGCGACAUUAGUACUUGAACAUAGCAGCUGCUCUCCUCAGCCUGAAUACUGCACGGAUAAAAACGACGAGCAUGAAAUAUUCCUCUUUUUUAUUACAUGUCAGGUUGACUUUUGCUCAUGUGGCCAUAAUGGUUCACAGAAAGACGAUGACAUGUCGUAGAAGAGUUUUAUGGCUCUAAUUUACUAAAAUUAAAUCCAAUUUGAGAUCACCUGUGCUUCCAUGAACCAGACACCCACAUUUCUUCUUUUCAUUUGUCAUUUAAUAACGUAUUAUUACCUUGGUGUGAAGAUACGGAGAUCAAAGAAAGGAACUAUUCAUAGCUGUCAGUGAUGGAUGGGAUGUUACAGCCUAAAAACACUUUCAGCUGGAUCAGUGAGAGCAGUGAAAGGUUACAGUGAUUCCUCCCUGUCCUUCUAUUAAAUGUUUAAAAGCUUCACACAAUGAAUAAUGUCUGGCUAUGUUUAGUGGAGUAAUAUUUUUGAGCCAGCAGAAAUUGAGUAAAAAACGCAUCUUAACAAAGUAAUCAGAGAUGGCAAGUGCAAGCAAGUGCGGAAGCACGACACACAGAGCCACCAAAAACAAUACUUCACUCCCACUCCGUGGGGUGAAAUAACUUGUGUCUUUUUGGUGCGAUUUUGGACGGCAAACUAUGACUUUUUUAUCAAAUGUUGGACAACA